AUGGAACCAUCCAGUUCAUGCUCAAGCCCUGAGGAAAAUGCUUAUGAUGGGGAGGAAUGGUUAUUAGAACUGGAUGAUGAAUUCUGUCUCCUUGAUGGCGAAGUUGGAAAGAGAUUGAAUCAAAUGGUUCCUACGCCUGUGAGUCUUUGAGCUUCUGUUUGUUAUUAAAAUUUAUUUAUGUAUUCAGUAAAGGCACUGAUUUUAUGCUAGUACUCUCGUUCCAAAUUUGACCUAGUGGAUUUCUGUCUGCGAAUUUGUUUUUCCUGAAAGUUUUCUCAGGCCAAGCUCUGUUACUAUAUAGUUUUAAUUGUAAAUGUUUCUGAUUUUUAGUCAUUUCGAGGCUCCAUUCCUUUUCAUGUGCCCUGCCAUUGGAGUAACAUUCUUUGAUUGCUUUUAGGCUUAUAUUUGUGCAUGUACCUUUGAAGUCAUUUCAAGUUCAAAACACUAGGAAACUGAAUUUUUAGUUAAAACUAUGUACAAUAUCGUUGAGUUGAAGGCUUUGCGGUAUGACUUGUUUUCUUUUUUAGGGCUAGAUUGAUUUUUUUUCCCCAUUUGUUUUUAUAUUAUGAUACCAAAGUGGCGUAUUGAGGAUCAUUUUCCAAUUCAUUCCAUGUAUGAAACCUUUUUUUUACAUUUUCAGUGAAAUAUAUUUUUAUAAGAUUUUGAGAAUUUUAAUUUUGGGGGCAGCAUAUUCCAAGGAUCAAUGGAGAAAUUCCUUCAGUGGAUGAAGCCAUUUCUGACCAUCAGAGGCUUCUUGAACGGUACUCUCCUCAGAUGAUUUUUACUGAUGUUUCUUGCGAAAAGCCUCAUAAACAGUUCCCUAGGACAACUGGGAAAUGCAUCUGUUGUAGUGUUUUCAUCUGUUAUCUCUCUCACUCUUGUUUCAUGUGGAGAUUGAUGAUCAUACACUUUAUUUUCUUCUCUGUCUACAUGCUGUCCAAUAUGAUCUUGAUUUAUGCCCUCGAUCCAUUUCCUUUUCUGUAUACUAGUACGAUGCAUGUUUUAAGAAGAAAAUACUCUCCAAUAUGACGUAAUUCUGCAUUUGGUAUUUUUUUCUGUUGUAUUAGAUUGUGAGGAUGGUCUAUAUUUGGCUUAGGUUGCAGUUGUACGAAUUGGUAGAGCUUAAGGUUCCUGGAGACGGUAACUGCCAGGUUAGUUUAGGAAUUAUGUGCUUUCCUCUCCAGUUUUUUUACUUCUUGUUUUCAAUGAGAAAGUGUUUAUACACUGUUCUGGGAUAUUACAACUUCCUAUCUCAACCUGUUGUGCCCAAUAAGUUGGUCAUAUGCCACUUUUGAAUGCCCUACCUUGGCAUUAACAGUGUCAAGGUGAGUGUCUUGCCAUUUUAUUUGCAUCUUUGAGAAACAUCCAAUACAAAAAAGUUUGGGUGAUGUGUAGUAAUAUUAUGAUAUCGCAAAUUUGAAGGAAAAGAUUCACAUUUUAAAUGUGUAGUUAUUACCUGAUAAACACCGAUGAAUAAAUACCUUAGCCAUUGAAAUCCUCUGGUCAAUUUAAGUAUUUUUACAUGUCAUUUUUAGAUGAUUUUUUAAAUUAAUUUUUUAAAAAAAUAUUUGAAAAUCAUGAUAUUUAUAUGUCAUGUAUUCAUUUAGAUAAUUUUGAAUUAAUUGAUUUAUAAAAUAUAGACUUUAAUAAAAACAUAAUUAUUUAAUGAAUUUUCAAGUGGACUAUUUGGUAAUUUUUUUAAAAGGACUAAUAAAUUCAUUUUAUUUUAAAAUACAGAUCAACAUGAAACACGAUUAAUCAUGCAAAUAAAAUAUAUGUUACAUGGUUCCAUUGUGAGCGUGUUUACGAUUAAAUUUUGAUGGUAAUUAUUUUUUAAAUAAUUUAAGGGAGUUGUUAAAAAUUCGUGGCGUUCUCUCUCUUUUAAACAUAGAUAUGCCACUUUCAUGGUUCCUUGAGAAAAAAACUCUUAUAUGCACAUAAAUAAUGGCGUUAGACCAGCUCCCUUGUUGCACCUUCACCAUUUUUCUUAAUUUUAAAAUUUAUAUUUUGGAAAUCAAAACCAGUGGCUGGGGAGACACCGGUGUUUGAAAUUCUAUCGUCUUCUUUCUCUUCUUCAUUCCUGGUCACUUCUUUCAGGCUGCCAUGCAAUGUAAAACCCUCCAUGGGAGAUGCUCAAGAAGAGACCUUGUAGAUUUCUCAUUAGAUUAUUGAAUCCAUGCAGUGUAUGAGUCCAUCCGUGAUUCACCAACUCAAAAGAAAAUAUGUACAGAACAUGUUUGAACCGAUACCCAUGAUCCGUGAUGCAUCUCCAUGUGGAAAUCCCAUGUUUUUUAACCAGCUGAUGGUUUGAUCUAUGUUUCCAUAUGUUCCGCAGCUUUAUCCUAGGCCCAGGGGUAUUUUCUUUUUCUGGCUUCUGACCUCUUUCUUUUUUUUUCUUCUUUUUUUCUGUUUUUAUUUAUAACUUCGUGAUGAACUUUGAUUCCCCUUAGUUCCGAGCGAUAUCUGAUCAAUUCUACCGUACUCCAGAGCAUCACAAGUUCGUCAGGCUGCAGAUAAUCAAUCAGGUUGGUUCCAACUCGCUUCCCCUAGUUGCUCAUCAAUGUGCUUGUUUGUGAGAGAACAACAUGCAUUGCCUUUGUAUGUAUGCUAUGAGACUUGGUGCGCGGCUGUACAUAAUCCGCUCCCAAAACCCUAAAAUUUCAGCUUAGAUCUCACCCCGAGUUCUACGAAGGAUAUGUACCCAUGAACUAUGGCGAGUAUCUGAAGAAGCUGUCCCGGUACGCUCCCGACAGCCAUGCUUUCAUCUCUGAAUUGUCUUUUCAUUUCUCCGCCUCUCGAUCAUCGGACAGGACCGGUGAAUGGGGCGACCACGUCACGCUUCAGGCUGCUGCGGACACGGUAUGCGACCGUCCCACAGUCCCCAGAUCGAUGUCUUAUCAUCUUGCUUGCCCAAGUGGGGGAUUUUAAUAUUUCCAUCUUUUCAGUACGGGGUCAAAAUCUUUGUCAUCACAUCCUUCAAGGACACCUGCUACAUUGAGAUACUCCCCAGCGCUCAGAAGUCAAAGCGAGGUAUCUUCGCUCGACCCUCUUUCAGAAGUCAAAGUGGGUCAAACUCGCUGACUGCCAAGAUCCCUCUGUUCUACUCCGGCCAUCAAGCAUCCUCAUUUCCCAUUCUUCAAUGCCUACUUAGAAACCCAGAGUAAUGGUGCCCAUCACCCCGCUGAAAGUCAACGGAAGAUUGCCGAGAGGAAAAGCAAGCUAGGAGGAAGGAAGGAUACGCCUAUCAGCUGACUCCUAGAACAAUAGUUUCUGCGUUGACCAUCUCAUAUUUACUAUCUGCGUACUUGUUCAUGUGAUCGGCAUCGUCUAGUUACUAGUGCUUGAGGCGUACUGACUGACUGACUGACUGGUGGUGAUUUUUGUUUCAGUAAUAUGCUUGAGUUUCUGGGCCGAGGUGCACUACAAUUCCAUCUAUCCCAAAGGAGGUGAGAUCGCUGGCACCUCUCAAACGAGCCUUCCGAUACUCCCACGAGCCCUCGCCUCACGUUAGACUCUGUGGGCCCGCAGAGUUGCCGGCGUUGGAGACGAAGAAGAAGAGGCGGUGGUGGCACUUCGGAAACCGGCACUAG